AUGGAAUUCUCUACCAGAUGGUUUCUCCUAGCCGUGUUCUAUAUGAACUGCCUGGUGGGAUUCACAGUAAAUAUGAUUAUUGUGGUGGCUAACCUCAUGAAAUGGAAAAGCCUGAGAUCUCUCCCAACCUAUAAUAAGAUCCUCAGCUCUUUGGCGUCCUCCAGAGCUUUGGAUUUUUUGAAUUUCGUUGUACAGAACUCUGCCUAUGAAUUUUUUCCCUGGCUAUUGAAAAACAAUGUUGUGAUGUUAACCUUAAAUAUUGAGAUUAUGUUGAGCUUCUACAACAGUCUCUGGUUGGCCACUCUCCUCUGUGUCUUCUACUGUGUGAAGAUUGUGACCUACAACUAUAAACUCUUCAUCUUCCUGAAGACCCGGAUCUCCACCAUGGUCCCGUGGUUGAUUCUGUCCUCUCUGCUGAUUUCACUGAUCUCCAGCCUUAUAUAUGCUUGGUACAGUUAUGAUCUAAAGCUACAGAAUUUAUCCAAUGGUUCUACUGGAAAUAUAACUGGGUACAAACUUGUUACAGUCCCAAACUCUAAUAUCCAAUUCUUGCUUUUUUCUCUAGGCAGCAUUCCUCCAUUUAUUAUAUUAUGUGUCUCCAUCUCCUUGUUGAUCCAUUUCCUCCUCAUUCACACCAGACGGAUGAGAAGCAAUGAGUCACAUAUCCAGAGCCCAAACCUAAAAUCUCACUUUAGUGCUUUGAAAAGCAUCACAGGUCCUUCAACCUCAAUAUCUUCAUCACAGCUCAGCUCCACCUUAUUUCACAAGCUCCCCAUCUCUGGAAAUAUGUCUCAGUUUAACCCGAGGAAGGGAUUUGAGGUCAGUUUAUAA